AUGGCGACUGUGAACACUGUCAUUGCCCCGGCCACCAUCCCCGUUCGGGGUGGAAACGAGCGCCUCAUGGCUCUUGAGCUGGAGGAUGGCACAGUUUACCAGGGAUACAACUUCGGUGCGGAGAAGAGUGUGUCUGGUGAAUUGGUCUUCCAGACCGGCAUGGUUGGAUACCCUGAGUCCAUCACCGACCCCUCAUACCGAGGCCAAAUCCUCGUCGUUACCUUCCCCUUGGUCGGUAACUACGGCGUACCUUCACGGGAAGAGAUGGAUGAGCUACUGCAGACUCUGCCCAAGCACUUCGAGUCGAGCCAGAUUCACGUUGCGGCAUUAGUGGUGGCAGCCUAUGCCGGCGAGGACUACUCACACUUCUUGGCCAAGUCUUCUCUUGGCCAAUGGCUGAAGGAGCAAGGCGUCCCAGCAAUUCACGCUGUUGACACACGUGCUUUGACCAAGCGUAUCCGUCAAAAGGGUAGCAUGCUCGGUCGCCUGCGCUUGCAAAAAUCAGGCGAGCCCAGCAGCGUUUCCGGCGGCUUCGAUGAGUCCAACUGGAAGUCACACUUUGAAGAGGUCGAAUGGGUGGAUCCCAACACUAAGAACCUCGUUGCAGAGGUUUCCAUCCGUGAGCCUCGUGUCUUUUCUCCCCCAGCCGACGUUGCCCUUAAGCACCCAUCAGGCCGACCUGUUCGCGUUCUCUGCUUGGACGUGGGUAUGAAAUUCAACCAGUUGCGCUGCUUACUCUCCCGCGGAGUUGAAGUGAUGGUCGUACCUUGGGACUACGACUUCCCUACCCUCGCUGGAAAGGACUACGACGGUCUUUUCGUCUCCAACGGUCCGGGUGACCCUGCUACGCUCUCAAAGACGAUUGAGAACCUGUCGAAGACAAUCCAGGAGGCUCGUACCCCGGUCUUUGGUAUCUGCCUGGGUCAUCAGCUGAUUGCCCGCUCUGUGGGAGCCACUACUUCGAAGAUGAAGUUUGGUAACCGUGGCCACAACAUUCCUUGCACAAGCAUGAUCUCCGGAAAGUGCCAUAUCACAUCCCAAAACCAUGGAUAUGCUGUGGACGCCUCUAGCCUGCAGAAUGGCUGGGAAGAGCUGUUUGUGAAUGCCAACGACGGCAGCAACGAGGGUAUUCGUCACACCACCCGUCCCUUCUUCAGUGUUCAAUUCCACCCCGAGAGCACUCCUGGUCCCAGAGAUACCGAGUACCUGUUCGACGUCUUCAUCAAGACCGUUCAGAACACAAUUGCUUCCCCUGCUGCUCUCAACCAGCCUGUAGAGUUCCCUGGUGGCCUCAAAGAAGACAACCGCUUAGCUGCACCCCGUGUGCACGUCAAGAAGGUCUUGGUUCUUGGCAGUGGUGGUUUGAGCAUUGGUCAAGCCGGUGAAUUCGAUUACUCCGGUUCUCAGGCUAUCAAGGCUCUGAAGGAAGAGGGGAUCUACACGAUCUUGAUCAACCCCAACAUUGCCACCAUUCAGACUUCCAAGGGUCUGGCUGAUAAGGUGUACUUCCUUCCCGUGAACGCCGACUUUGUUCGCAAGGUCAUCAAGCACGAGCGUCCAGAUGCCAUAUAUGUCACCUUUGGUGGCCAGACCGCCUUGCAGGUUGGUAUUCAACUCAAGGAUGAGUUUGAGGGACUGGGUGUUAAGGUCCUCGGUACUCCUAUCGACACCAUUAUCACCACUGAGGAUCGAGAGCUCUUUGCACGCAGCAUGGACUCAAUCAACGAGAAGUGUGCUAAGUCUGCAUCUGCAUCAACUCUCGAGGAGUCGCUGCGUGUUGUUGAGGACAUUGGCUUCCCCGUCAUUGUUCGUGCUGCUUAUGCCCUUGGAGGUCUCGGCAGUGGUUUCGCCGACAACAUGGAUCAAUUGAAGGAACUUUGCACUAAGGCAUUAGCAGUCAGCCCCCAAGUCCUCAUUGAACGCAGUAUGAAAGGCUGGAAGGAAGUGGAGUACGAAGUUGUUCGCGAUGCCCAAGACAACUGUAUCACCGUCUGCAACAUGGAAAAUUUCGACCCUCUCGGUAUUCACACCGGUGACUCAAUCGUUGUCGCUCCUUCUCAGACGCUGUCAGAUGAGGAUUACAAUAUGCUGCGAACUACCGCUGUCAACGUGAUUCGCCACCUUGGUGUUGUUGGUGAAUGUAACAUUCAAUACGCCUUGAACCCUUUCUCCAGGGAGUACUGUAUCAUUGAGGUCAACGCUAGAUUGUCUCGUUCAUCUGCUCUUGCUUCCAAGGCCACUGGAUACCCCUUGGCUUUCAUUGCUGCCAAGCUGGGUCUUGGAAUUCCACUCAACGAGAUCAAGAACUCUGUCACGAAGUCCACAUGUGCUUGUUUCGAACCUUCUCUCGACUACUGUGUUGUGAAAAUCCCUCGUUGGGAUCUUAAGAAGUUCACUCGUGUCUCAACCCAGCUUGGAUCCUCUAUGAAGAGUGUGGGUGAGGUGAUGAGUAUUGGCCGCACCUUCGAAGAGGCAAUCCAAAAGGCUAUCCGAUCCGUUGACUUCCACAACUUAGGGUUCAAUGAGACCAACGCCCUUAUGUCUAUCAAGGGCGAGCUUCAGACUCCGUCCGACCAGCGUCUCUUUGCUAUUGCCAACGCAAUGGCUGCUGGUUACUCUGUUGAUGACAUUUGGCAACUGACCAACAUCGACAAGUGGUUUUUGAGCCGUCUCAAGGGCCUGAGUGACUUCGGCAAGUCAUUGACUUCUUUCGACGCUUCUAGCGUGCCUCUUCCCAUGAUUCGUCAGGCUAAGCAGCUCGGUUUCUCCGAUAGUCAGCUUGCCAAGUUCUUGAGCUCAAAUGAAUUGGCCGUUCGCCGCAAGCGUGUCGAAGCAGGCAUUACCCCAGUCGUUAAGCAGAUCGACACAGUCGCUGCCGAGUUCCCUGCGGUCACCAACUACCUUUACCUUACGUACAAUGCCUCCGAGAGUGAUCUGUCCUUUGACGAUCAUGGUAUCAUGGUACUUGGCUCCGGUGUCUACCGUAUUGGUUCCUCCGUGGAGUUUGAUUGGUGUUCUGUUCGCACUAUCCGCACUCUUCGCGAGCAAGGUCACAAGACUAUCAUGGUCAACUACAACCCCGAAACAGUCAGUACUGACUAUGACGAGGCUGAUCGUCUGUACUUUGAGAACAUCAACUUGGAAACCGUUCUCGAUAUCUACCAGCUCGAGACCUCCAGCGGCGUCAUCAUGUCCAUGGGUGGACAGACCCCUAACAACAUCGCCCUGCCCCUCCACCGCUUAAAUUUCUCCCGCAUGCUGGACCGUAUCGGGGUCGACCAGCCUGCCUGGAAGGAGCUGACCAGCAUUGACGAGGCCCGUGCUUUCUGUGACAAGGUUGGAUACCCUGUACUUGUUCGUCCGUCCUAUGUCCUGUCUGGUGCUGCGAUGAACACUGUUUACUCCGAGCAUGACUUGGCAAGCUACCUAGACCAAGCUGCCGAUGUUUCCCGCGAACACCCUGUGGUUAUCACCAAGUACAUUGAAAAUGCCAAGGAAAUUGAGAUGGAUGCUGUGGCUCGCAACGGUGUUAUGGUUGGUCACUUCAUCUCCGAGCACGUUGAGAACGCAGGUGUUCACUCCGGUGAUGCUACUCUCAUCCUGCCACCCCAGGAUCUAUCCGCGGAGACGGUGAGCCGUAUCGAGGAGGCCACCCGCAAGAUUGGUAACGCCCUGAACGUCACCGGUCCUUACAACAUUCAGUUUAUUGCCAAAGACAACGACAUCAAGGUGAUCGAGUGCAAUGUCCGGGCUUCUCGUUCGUUCCCCUUCGUGUCCAAGGUCAUGGGCGUUGAUCUGAUCGAGAUGGCCACUAAGGCCAUGAUUGGCAUUCCAUUCACUGAAUAUCCUCCUGUGAACGUUCCUAAGGACUACGUCGGUGUCAAGGUUCCCCAAUUCUCAUUCUCGCGUCUUUCUGGUGCCGAUCCCGUUCUGGGUGUUGAGAUGGCUUCCACUGGUGAGGUUGCUUCGUUCGGUCGUGACAAGUAUGAAGCCUACUUGAAGGCCCUCUUGUCCACUGGAUUCCGCCUUCCUAAGCGAAACAUCCUUUUCUCGAUCGGUUCUUACAAGGAGAAGCUCGAGAUGCUGCCUUCUAUUCAGAAGCUGCACCAGCUUGACUAUAACCUAUACGCCACUUCGGGUACUGCUGAUUUCUUGAAAGAGAAUGGCGUUCCUGUCAAGUAUCUUGAGCUGCUUGGCGGUGAGGAGGAUGACAUCAAGUCCGAGUACUCUUUGACCCAGCACUUGUCUAACAACCUGAUCGAUCUGUACAUCAACUUGCCCUCCAACAACCGGUUCCGCCGGCCUGCCAACUACAUGUCAAAGGGUUACCGCACACGUCGUAUGGCUGUGGACUACCAGACUCCUUUGGUCACCAACGUUAAGAAUGCGAAGAUUCUGAUUGAGGCCAUUGCCCGCCACUAUCCUCUGAACAUUCAGACCUCCGACUUCCAGACCAGCCACCGUACCGUUGUUCUGCCUGGCCUGAUCAAUAUCGCUGCCUUCGUCCCCGCCCUUGCCACCCCCGGUGCCAAGGACUUCGAGGCUGUUACCAAGGCUUCGAUUGGCGCCGGUUUCUCCAUGAUUCGCGUCAUGCCCGUCGGUGUCGACAGCUCUGUUACUCAGGCUAGUGACUUGAAGAUUGUUCAGCAGAAUGCCCAAGACAAGUCAUACUGUGACUUCAAUAUUUCCGUUGCCGCUACUGCCACGAAUUCCGAUCAAAUCACCCAGGUUACCGGUGAAGUUGGUUCUCUUUUCAUCCCAUUCAACCACCUUUCUGGCAAUAUCAACAAGGUGGCCACCGUGACUAACCACUUCGGUGCUUGGCCUUCAAGCAAGCCUCUGAUCACCGAUGCUAAGGGCACGGACCUCGCUUCCAUUCUGCUGUUGGCCAGCCUUCACAGCCGCAACAUCCACGUCAUGAGCGUAACCUCCAAGGAGGACAUCAAGCUCAUCGCCCUGAGCAAAGAGAAGGGUCUGAAGGUCACUUGUGAUGUUUCGAUCUUCUGUCUUUUCCUCUCUCAGAGCGAUUUCCCUACCUGCACCUCUUUGCCUUCGGCUGACGACCAGAAGGCUCUGUGGAACUACAUGAGCACCAUCGACGUUUUCUCCAUUGGUAGCAUCCCAUACCAGCUUGCUGGCAAGGAUGCCUCCCCUGAUGUUGGCAUUGCUGAAUCUCUCCCGCUCCUCUUUACUGCCGUGGCUGAGGGUCGUCUCACCGUCGAGGAUAUCACUGCUCGCCUGUACGAAAAUCCAAAGAAGAUCUUCGAGCUUCACGACCAGGCCGAUUCUUCGCUUGAGAUUGAGAUCGAUCGCCCUUAUCUGUUCCAGGCCCAGAGCUGGUCGCCAUUCAACGGCAAGAUGAUGCGCGGCUCCGUCCAGCGUGUCACUUUCCAGGGUAAGACUUCCUGCCUGGGUGGUGCGGUUGUUGCCGAUUCUCCUACCGGUGUGGACAUGUCUUCUCACCGUAUCGUUCCUGCGUCUCCUGUGCAAAAGCCCACGACUCCUAUGGUUCGUCCUGAGAGCUCCUUCGACCGCCAUGCUUCUAUCUCCGGUACCCCCGGUCGCCGCACCCGAGCUUUUGAUAACGUCCCGGUCGGCGAGCUUGGACCUCCCCUGUAUGGCCCAUCAUCUCAAGUCUCGUCGGCGCUGCACGAGAUGCUUUCCCGGUCUCCCUUCCGUCAGAAGCAUGUGCUGUCUGUGAACCAAUUCACCCGUGCCGACCUUCACCUGCUUUUCACCGUCGCUCAGGAGAUGCGUCUUGGUGUCCAACGCCAGGGUGUCCUUGAUGUCCUCAAGGGCCGUGUCCUCACUACUCUUUUCUACGAGCCCUCAACCCGCACCUCGGCUUCGUUCGAUGCUGCCAUGCAACGCCUUGGAGGCCGUACCAUUCCUAUCGCUACUGAGCACUCAUCGACUCAAAAGGGAGAGAGCCUCCAGGAUACCCUCCGCACUCUUGGAUGCUACAGCGACGCCAUUGUCCUCCGUCACCCAGAUCCCAAGAGCACCGAGAUCGCAGCCAAGUUCUCGCAGGUUCCCGUCAUCAACGGUGGUAAUGGAUCUAUUGAGCACCCAACGCAGGCCUUCCUGGAUCUCUUCACCAUCCGUGAGGAGCUGGGUACUGUCACUGGUCUCACCAUUACCUUCACUGGUGACUUGAAGUACGGUCGUACCAUCCACUCUCUGAUCAAGCUGCUUCAGUUCUACGAUGUUCGUGUCCAGCUUGUGUCACCCAAGGAGCUGGCUCUUCCUGAGGAAGUUCGCUCUCAGCUCGUGUCUUCCGGUCAGCUGAUUGGCGAGAGCGAAGAGUUGACCCCUGAGAUUGUCGCUGCCUCCGACAUUCUCUACUCCACCCGGGUCCAGAAGGAGCGCUUCACCGACCUCGCUCAGUACGAGCGUCUGAAGAACAGCUUCAUCAUUGACAACGCUCUGCUCAAGCACGCCAAGAGCCACAUGAUUGUCAUGCACCCUCUGCCUCGUAACGCAGAGAUUGCCCCUGAAGUUGACUUCGACCAACGAUCAGCCUACUUCCGCCAAAUGAGAUAUGGCUUGUACUGCCGCAUGGCGCUGCUGGCCCUGGUCUUGGCUCCUUAA